AUGUGGAUGCCUCGUCAUGUCGAGAUCAACUCCUUUGCUCAACUUCUAAUGAUAUUCCGUGCAAUGAGGCCUCUACGGGUAUAUACACUGGUUCCUCACAUUAGGAGAGUUGUUAUGGAGUUCUUCCGUGGAUUCAAAGAAAUUCUGCUGGUAACCAUUCUUAUGAUUGUUGUAAUGUUUAUAUUUGCAAGUUUUGGAGUUCAAAUUGUCGGAGGCAAACUGGCUGCCUGUAACGACCCAACCAUCACCUCAAGGGAAAACUGUACAGGAAUAUUCUGGCAAAAGAUUUUUGUAACUCGACUUGAAGUGUACGGAAAAGAUGACGAGCAGAUGCAUCCAAAGAUACUGGUGCCACGAGUAUGGACAAAUCCACGAAAUUUCAAUUUUGAUCACGUCGGCAACGCUAUGCUUGCUUUGUUCGAGACAUUGUCAUACAAAGGUUGGAAUGUAAUCAGAGAUAUUUUGUGGAGCCGACAAGGGCCCUGGGCCGUUGUUUUCAUCCAUAUCUACGUCUUUAUUGGUUGCAUGAUUGGCUUGACGCUGUUUGUUGGUGUUGUAAUUGCCAACUACACUGAAAAUCGG